CAUGUCGAGUACACGUUCCACACAAAGUAUGACUUCCAGCAGUGCCAGCAGUAUCUCUAACAACCCCUCUGCUAAAAACAGAGGCUGUAUCAACUGGUGCUCCUUCUUCAGCUCCACUACUGGUUCCUUCAUGAACACUUCGGGGUCUGUGUCAGGGUCGCUGGAGGAGAUUUAUCUGUCUAGGUUCCAUCUGGCUGUCUCUCAGUCAAUUGUGUCUGAUUUGGAGAGUUCCCCGGGGAGCAACACAACCCAUCCAAACAACCUUCUCAAGUUCGACUCUCUAGCACGGGCAGGGUCACGAGGAGGCGGUCACCACCUACCAAGUCAGGAUAGUGAAAGUAGCUGGACCAGCAACCUAACCGGCUCUUCUCAUCACUCUAAGGCACUGAGUUCGUUCUCACAGUUGAGCAGCAUAGCAAACGUUGACGGAGUAAACAACGCCCUCGACAGUCUACCAAUGACAGCAACAGAUAUCCUGUACAACCUAGGAUUUGCCGCUAGUGACACGACAGUGCAAGUUCCCCCUCGUUUCCUGGGCGUUACUCACGCUAAUUUGGGAGAUUGGAACGGUCAAGUGAACUGGUCUGACCAGACAGCGCCUAUCUCUAACUUUGAUUACCUGUUUAACAUGAUGGAUGAUACUCCCGCAAUGGAGGAGGAGGUUGUGGAUGAUAUGAGCAUGACAGAUACCUCUUACAAAUCCGCCCACAGUUUUAACACCAGCAGAGGGGAAUCCUCGAAUAGCAGUUUCGAAAACUGUCCAAUUCGCCCUUCAGCCAAGACAUCAGGAAGCACAUCCAGCAGCAGUCACUCCAACAAACAAGUGCCAGUCCAGAGAACACCCUCCACUUCGUCAUGGUCUUCUAAUGGUAAACGUCCCAAGAUGAUCAGGUCCCAUUCUCUGCCGGAGAUUUAUUCUAAGACUGCGGUGGUUCAGGGGAGUUCUAAGGAUCAGGGUGGUGUGACGGCGGAUAAAUCUUUUCCAAAGACGAUGAAACUGAAAAGACACAGGUCCCAGUUAUGUCUCCAGCAAUCAUUUGAUACAAUAACUGAGGAAGAAGAGGAAAUCGUACAUGGUACUGGAGCGCCAUCUACUUUUGAGAAACUAGAAACUAUCAAGGGCUCAUUCAGUCAAUCAGUAGACUCAGUAAUAAACCUCCACGGAAGUGCACCAGUUAAACCCUCCACUCAGUUCAACACGAGUAUCAAUGAUAUGUUAGUGGAGAAUACAGAGUAUGUUGGUGAUAACGCUGAUAAUGCUGAUCCUUCUGAUUACUCACUUGCUGAGACGACUGAGAAUACUACUGCAAGUGUAUCAUUAUCUAGUGAAAAGAAAUCUGCAAAACUUAAACGGCAAAGUUGCGAAGAAGUGUAUCAGGACCUUUUAUGUGAACCGACCCCUUGGGACGAACUGAAGAACAAGCUGGAGGCGGUGGAGAGAAAGAGCUGGAAUAAUUCCUACAGUCUUAUCAGGGAGAGAAGGAAGAUGUUCUCUAAACUGAAGGGAUCUCAUGUCUCUUUGCCCGGCUGCAUUGGCCAAUCAGAGAGGGUAAUCCUGCCGGUGCGACGCUGUAUAACACUGUGUGCAGAACAGGAAACUGAAACAGACACCAGUGAGAGCCACAGCGAGGUUUCUGUGAAUACCAAAAGGAGUGAACCAAGAGAGAAGACUACCAGUAUAUCCAGUAUAUCCUUACCUUUCUUUGAGAGUGACAACGAUGCAACAAGUGCUACAACUAUAGAUUCAGACAGUGCCUGGUUCGCUCCAGCUAUCACUGUUGAGCAGUUUGUUACGGAGGAUAGUAUAGAUGAGAUUCCAAACUUCGCCCCACAAGAUGGUCAACUCUCUCUACCUUCAUUUAAUGGACGACCAACGUCGCCAGCUCUAUCAAACGCGAGUGAAGCUACCCUUAUACCGGAGGACGAAGAUAUUGAACAAGAGAAGCUGGAGAAAUCAGAGGGUAUAGUCGAGCUAGAAAAGCCCGCUCAACCAUCAACUAGCACAGCAACCAAGCAAGUUCCCCGGACUGGUCGACUGAAGAAGAUGAAGUCGAAUGUGAUCUUCAGUUCGCUUCAUGACAGUUAUAACUCACCCUUUUAUAUCUACACUCCUAAACUUGGGUUUCGUAAGCGUUCAUCGUCGAUGCCCCUGCUUUACAAGCCCACUUUGGUUCGGAGCAAAUUGAGGAGGGCUGUAACGGACAGCCCACACUCCUUAAAUAAUAUCAUCGAGGAAUACGAUGCAGAUGUAGAUGAUGACGAGUUGAUGUGUGAGCAGGAAGAGUGGGAUAGCCGGAUCUACAUCAACAUUCUCAAAUCUAUCACAAGCAGUUCUAAUGAGAACUUGUUGAAGCAGAUAGAGGAUAGGGUGGAGGGAACAUCGGACGAAGUAUUAAAAGUGAAGAGAAACGGAAGGAGGAAGAAAGCUUCCUUUUCUAAAAGCGGUGACGAGGAGAUACCUACAUCUAGUGGCGGAGAAAACAAGUCUGAUCUUUUAGCUGUGAAGCCUAGACGAAAGCGACGGCGGAGCCGCGACAAGAAGAUGGACACAGACACCUCCUACUUAUCACCAGCAAUCAGCCCUUAUGAGCACCAAACGUCAGAUCAGAUUAUCAGUGACAGAUCUUCAAUGAAUACUACUCCAGAACCACCUCAAACCUACAACCUACUCUCUCCAAAACCAACCCUGGAACCAUCACCUCACCAAACUAAUCGCUGUGAAGAAUCAUAUCUGAAGGAGGGGACAGCUGACUUGGUUCCUCAAGAAAAUACAUUAAAUGGAGAAGUCCAGAUGGAUAAACCAAAUGAAGCUAUCGUUACUGGUAAUCGUUAUAAUGCUGAAGAUAGAUCAGCUGCAGGACAAGUAUCAAAGCCAAUAUCAUCAAGUUGGAGCUUGGAUUCAAAGCAAAGGGAAGUUCAGAGGAAGGGUAAUAGCCCGGGAAUAAAGAGUCGCCCAUUGGCUGCAUUACCUAUUGUUACAGACGAAAGACUGUCAGACAUAAUUAAGAAGGACGAGGUAAGAGAAAACGACCUGGAGAAACCAGAAUCACUGCAGCAGGAGACUGUAAUUUCUACCGAUAAGGGGAACCAAAGUGUAGAAGACGAGACUGACCUGGAGAGGACCCCUGCUAAUUUGGAGUGGGAGCUAAAGGUAUUGCGGGACGUCAUUGAACACUUUGAACAGGAUUACGCCAAAACUGAGCAGAUUUUGGAGGAAAAACGGAUCAGAGAUAAGCGAAUCAGGAUGGAAAUCAAGAUGUUGAAAACACAAAUAGCAGUUCACAAGAUGGAAAAGAGGCUAUGCGGAGAGCAGUUCCAACCUGUACUCACCUCCACUCCCCGUACUAAACCUCUUUCACCCAACACUGUUAAGAGUCACAAGUGUCAGGGGUCUGUUAUUGCGCGGAGGAAGAACUCUUUGAAUCAUUUUCUUAUCAAUGAGAGUUGUUUUGUUGAGAAAUAGCACGCGUUUUGUUUAGGUAUGACUGAUCAGUUUUGAUUGUUGUGUUUUUAUGUUCUUGGCUGUGACAAAAGAACAAAGUUGACGAUGUGCUCUUUCAAUAUGACCAAAAGAAAAAGUUGACGAUGUGCUCUUUCAAUUUUAUCAGUUAUCAAGCUAGGUUGCCUUGUGAAAAUCAGUUGUAGCAACCGGAACUGUUUGUUUUUAGAUGUUGUAUCAAUUGUUGUUGAUGGUAAUGCUAAUUUGAAUUGCACUAAUUCGCAACCUCAAAGACUUCCAACUACUCACCAAAACGCAAUUUGGAACAGCUGAUAGUUUUUUUUUUGCUACGGUAAUAUUAUUUGUCAUUAAAAAAUUUUAAAGCUCAUUUAACUUGAAUGCUUCGCUUGCUGUGUGCUUUGUUAUAUUAUGAAUAGCACUUCCAUUACAUUCAAUGUAUUUAUGUUAUUCGUCAAGUUUUGUUGUGUCAAAUCGCUGCUUUCAGAGUUUCAUAUACAAUUCAGAAUUCCAGAAGAAUCUAUAAUAUUUCAAAACUAUUUUUUAAAUUUUCAGUGAAUGUCAAAAUUAAUUUAUUAUUCUUUGACAAACGUUUACUAGGUUAAGUAAUGUAUAGAUGUAAAGUUUAAAUCGUAAUAUAAUAGCGAUUCAAAAUAAUUCGCACAAGGUACUUCAAUAUGAUAAAGAAUAAAGAUUUGUC